AUGGGCCUGGCCUGGCUGCUGCCCUACGCGCUGGACGUGCACUUCCGGCACGCCGCCGUCGUCGCCGACGCUCCGGGCUGCGCCCACGCUGGGAGGUUAAUACUAUCUAAAGGCGGUUCGGCGGUGGACUCUGCCGUGACCACAAUGUUGUGCCAGGCUGUGGUCCACCCACACAUUACCGGCCUGGGCGGUGGCUUUGUAAUGCUCAUAUACACCGCAAAAACCAAAAAGGUCGAGACUCUCAACGCACUGCCAGCAGUUCCAAGUGGAUUUUAUAACUUCAGUUUACAACUUGGGAGACGCAGUAAGAGAGGUGCAGAAUCUAUCGCAGUUCCUGGUACGUUACCCGGCCUGUGGGAAGUUCAUCAAAAGUAUGGUAAAUUACCCUGGAAUAUGUUGUUUGAUGCAGCAAUUGAGCUGUCUGCAAAUGGAUUCAGAGUUAGUCCAGAUCUUGCUAAAAACUUAGCAAAGCACUCAGGAAUGAUAUUAUCAGACCCAAAUUUGAGUGACAUUUACAAAAAUCAGUCGACAGGAAAGGUAGCAAAGGAAGGUGAUACGAUACGGAACGUGUAUCUCGCAAGGACUCUAAAACUGGCUUCUCAGUUAGGUCCCCAGGCAUUCUCAUCAGAUGAGCUGGGUGACCACCUUUCAAAGGACAUAGAAGCUGCUGGUGGCCACCUCAGUAUCGGAGAUCUCCAGAGUUACAGGCCUCAAUGGCAGAAACCUCUGUCGAUCGAUGUGAAGGUGCCAGACAAGAGGACAGUCUGCCUUCAUACAACACCUUUGCCUACAGAUGGCUUCAAAGUUGCGCUCAUGAUGAGACUCUGUGAGGGUCACUACGAUAAAAGCAGGGCCAGUAAGCAACAGAUGCUCUCAGCUUUCAAGACGACUUACGCUGUGUCCCAUCUUGUUAACAAUGGCAACAUGGAUCAGGUGAACAAGACUCUACAACAGUUGCUUUCCAGUGACCGCCUUGUGGGAAUUAUGAAAAUCUUAUCUGACCGUAUAUCUACAGAGGAUAUUCUCUACAGUGCCGACAACAUGGACACAGAUCUCGAUUCUGACGCCAGUGGAUUUUGUAUAAGGGCAUCGAAUGGAGAUGCAGUCGCAGUUGCCAGCACUCUCAACUCAGUGUUUGGCUCAGGCGUAAUGUCUCGAUACACUGGUAUACUUUUAAAUAAUCAGAUGGAUAAAUUUGUUCUGGCUGACAAUGUGACGCAUGAGAACGGCAGCAACACCAUCAAGCUGAAGCAAGAGGUGGUUUCUGUUGCGCCAACGAUUAUCCUGUCUUCACACGGAGAUCUUGAGCUGGUGUUGUCAGGGGGUGGUGGCAGAUAUACCAGCGCAGACACAGCUUAUGAUGAAACUGGAGCACUUAAGAAGCUUGAUGUAAAUGUUUCUGAAGCAUAUUCCUUUAGAACGGGGGUUAUUGGGGUAGCAAAUACCACUUCCAAUCAAUAUGUCGUCAGCCUUGAUCGUCGAAGAAGCACAGAGUUUGAUGUUAUAUAA